AAUGAUGUGCCCUACCACAACGUCCUAAUGCCCAGCAUUUUUGGUGUAAUCUGCUUCUUUGGGAUUAUUGGCAACUGCAUUGUCAUCUACACCAUUGUGAAGAAGACCAAGUUCCGAGCCCAGCAGACAGUGCCGGACAUCUUCAUCUUUAGCUUGUCUUUAGUGGACCUCCUCUUCCUCCUGGGCAUACCCUUCCUCAUUCACCAGCUCCUGGGCAACGGUUCCUGGUGCUUUGGUGACAUGUGCACGGUCAUAACCGCCCUGGAUUCCAACAGCCAGAUAGUGAGCACCUACAUCCUCACCGUCAUGACUCUGGACCGCUACUUGGCCACGGUCCAUCCCAUCCGCUUCAACCAUGUGCGCACACCCUGCGUGGCAAGGGCUGCGGUGGGGCUGGUGUGGGUGCUCUCCCGGGUCUCCAUCACUCACGUGUGGAUGUAUGCUGACCUUAUGCCCCGAGGUGACGGCUCAGUGGGCUGUGCCCUCCUGCUGCCCAAUCCAGCCACUGACACCUACUGGUUUACCCUCUACCAGUUUGUGCUGGCCUUCGCCUUGUCUCUGGUCAUCAUCAAAUCAAAAUAA